AUUUUUCCACAGUGUUUGUUCUGUAUAUUGUGAUAUCACAUGUUUACUGUGAUCUUACUGCGACAGUGUGUGAUAACUUAUACAUAAACUAAGUGAUUGAGAUACAUGGUAUAUCAACUGAUUGACUGGGAUAAACAAUAGUCAAACAAGGACCUGGGAUAAAGGUUGCACAAAGUAACUGGGAUAAAGAAUACACAAGUGACGGAUAAAGAAUACACAAAUGAGUGGGUUAAAGAAUAAGCAAGUGACUGGUAUAAAAGAUACACAAAGGAACUGGGAUAAAGAUACACAGAGUGACUGGGAUAAAGAAUACACAAAGUAACGGAUGAAGAAUACACAAAGUAACUGGGAUAAAGAAUUCACAAAGUGACUGGGAUAAAGAAUACACAAAGUAACUGGGAUAAAGAAUACACAAAGUGACUGGGAUAAAGAAUAGACAAAGUGACUAGGAUAAAGGAUAUGUGAACUGAGUGGCUGAUAAAGGAUAUAAGAGAUAAUGGAUAUACUGUACUGAGUGACUGGAUUAAAUGAUAUACAGAGUGACUUAAAGGGUAUACAGUAACUGGUAUAAAUCAUCCACGAUCCAAGAGACUGGAUAAUCGAUACAUAGCAGCAGAGGUGAGAGAGCACCAAGGGGCUCAGAUCAUCACUGCAAAUGGCCAGACUUAUUCAGUGAUGCCCCAGGCUCAAAUGCAAACAGUCACCAUUGAUGGACAAGAAGCUAUCUAUAUACCAGCAUCUGUCCAGCAUGCUCCUGCCACACAGCAGAUACAGUUAACAGGAAACCAGGCAAUAUUUACCCCAACAGGACAGAUCAUAAGAGCACAAAACAUCAUCCAGAAUGUGCAGAGUGUUGGCCAAGUAGGAACGUAUUUCCAGCCAAUUACUGUUGGUGGGGUGCGAGCUACAUCUGGCACGGGUGCAGGAACAGGCCAAGCAACUGCCACACAAGCACAAGUGAGCCAGAUGGCCACACAGGUGAUGCAGUCGGGGGUGGCUGGUGUACCCCAGGCUACCAUCCCUGUCCAGAUUCCCAUAUCAACAGCUGGAGGCCAGACUGUUCUACAGACUAUUCCCUUUCCUGUACAGAUUCCUGUCCUCCCAAAUGUUGUACAAGCUAAUGGCCAGACAUUACAGGUUAUGCCACAGCUGGCACAGGUGCAGACUCAGCCCCAGAUUGCACAAAUUCUACUUCCCAAUGGGCAGGUGCAGCAAGUGCAGAUGUUGUGGGGUAGUGCUUCAGGCAUGAUGUCUCUUGGGUCUGCCAGUCUGGGGUCUGCUGCUGCUAUGACCCAGCUGGCAACAUCCCAACCUAUCACCACAUCUACCUGGGCUACAAACACUAUCUCAACACCAUCUGUGGCUAUACCAACUGUCCAUACUAAUACAACUAGCAAUGCUGCUGCUGCUGAAAACAAGCAACAAACAGCACAGCAGGCAUCUUCCGGAGGCACUGCAAGCAUAACUGCAACGAGCCCUUCACAGGUGGUAGGCCCAGGAGCAAGCAUAACAGUUUCAAAUACCUCACAGCUGUUACCACAAGGCAUCACAGUAUCCCCACAAUUGCCAGGGUCAGUAGGUGGUGGAGGCGUGACAGUAGUACCAGUGAGUCAGUCACAGCUGCGGACUGCUGCACCAACUGCUGUGGCUGCCCAGCAGAAUACCAUCCAGAUCCCUCAAAUACAAGUUGUUCAACCUAUGUUUCAACAUAUUCCUGGUAUUGGACAGGUGCAGGUGUUAUCUCCCUCAUCAUUACAGACACUCACAUCAUCCUUAGCAGGAGCAUCACAACCCAUCUCUGUGUCCACUUUGAAUGCUGUUCCUACGUCGACUACUCAGCCUGUCACUAGUGCUAUACCCACACAAAUAUUACCAGGAGGAGCACAAAUAAUCAGUGCCAGUGGAUUUCAGGGAGAGAGUGAUGGAGCCAAAUGGGUUGUUUCAACAGGAGGGCAAGUUAAUCAGACCCAGGUAGUUCCACAGCCAGCACAUUCACCCACCAGUGAUACAAGCAAGACAAGACUACGCCGCGUGGCAUGCACAUGUCCAAAUUGCAAAGAUGGUGACCGUGGGGGAGACAACAAAAAGAAAGUUCAUGUCUGUCAUAUUCCUGGCUGUAAUAAAAUGUAUGGCAAAACGUCACAUCUAAGAGCUCAUCUUAGGUGGCACUCAGGAGAGCGGCCAUUCAGAUGCUCUUGGCUUUUCUGCAAUAAAAGGUUCACUCGCUCAGAUGAGCUGCAGAGACACAAACGCACACAUACGGGUGAAAAGCGGUUUCACUGUCCAGAGUGUCAGAAGCGUUUUAUGCGUUCUGACCAUCUUUCAAAACAUGUUAAAACUCAUACAAAACAGAAGGUGAUGGUGAGUAGUUGGGAUGUUUUGCCAAAUGUUUUCGCGUCAGUCAGUCGCUCGUUUGCUGGUACCAAGAAAACUAUAAAUCCACCAAAACCCACUCAUCAAACGAAUAUUUCCAACCCAACAGUGUCUUCAGACAGUAGCAACUCUUCAGAUGCUGGGGAAAAAAUGCUCAUCACUAUUCCAGACCAGUCUGUUGAUCCACUUCACAUCUCCACUGAUGACGUGCCUACCAACGUUCCUCAACCACAGUGAUCUUUUAGGUUGUGUCAUUUUGUAACUAAUAAUUAUCAAGAUUGUCCUCCCUAAGCAACAUUGCAUGACUAGAUACUGGCAAUAGCCGGCCUUAUUUUAAAUUGUUUUCUCAGUGUAAGUGUUAUCCACAACACAAAAUAGUCCAAAGUAAUUCUCUAGCAUCUGGUUCAAGUGUUGUUCUGGAUCUUUUAACACUUAAUGGUGUAGAAGUCUGCAGAUGAAUUGUUUGGGGAAAAUUAUGAAUACAUCAUCCUGUAAUGACUGCAGGAAAUGGUACUUGUGAUAGAUUAAAAUAUGGAUAAGGUGUGCAAUGAUUUCCUGAUCUCAUUCAUCUCCAAGAUGAUUAUGAUCACAGUGGAAUAAUUGUCAAUGUAUUUAUGAAAUACAAUAUGUAUAUAUUUUGUAUCAGAUUUGAAACUAAAUAAGAAUAAUUUUUUAAUUAUUUAUCAGGAAUGGGAUGUAUCCCAGUUAUCAAAUAUACCAUUAAUUAAAUGCGUGAUAUACUUAUAUUUAGAAGUUCACCAUAAUGGUGUUGAGUGAUUACUGAAAAUUGUUUAAUAGCAGGCCUCUGUUGUAAUCUGAAUCAUUAACAAAUAGUAAUAUAUGAUGUUGUAUUAUCCAAAGUGAAUGUUGCAUAAAAUCUGAGGAUGCUAGCAUAGCACCCUUCCAACACUGCCCAUAAUGACCAAUGAUUUUAGCAUGUUAGCUAUCAUUACCUGUGUCUAUGUAAGUCUGCGCACAGCUUUGCUCAAUUCAGAGGACAGCGCUGAAUGACCCACAUGGGUUUAGCGUCUCUUAGUAAAUAUUAUAAUAAUAAUAAUCUAGGCCAAGAGUCAUUCGUAAAAAGUUUGUCUUAUUACACAGAUGUUCCUUAAUUUUCAAAAAACUAUAAAAAGUUACCAGUAAUGUCAUAGUGUGAUUUUUCUUCUGGGACUUUUAGCAAUAUCUACUCCAGUAGAAUGUCAGAUAUUUUAUAUUUCACUUUUUAUAAUAAAUUCAACAUCACUACAUUACACAACAGAAUAUUAAGCCUAUCUUUGACAAUCAUUUUGUUUUUAUCUGAAUUAUAAUGAUUGUGAAAUUUAAAUAAUACUAUGUCUACUAUUUUUAUAAAAGCAAAGACAGCAAUUGAAUGAAUGAUGAGUCACCCUUCCUUGGUGGGAGAUGGCUGUUGCAGUAAAAAAAAGGCCAAGAGGCAGAUGUUGCAAAUGUAUGGAAUGGGAGGUAGGUUACUACAAGUUUUUAUUCAAAAAGUGAGGCUCAGGUUAUGUAGGAGGGAGGGGAUGACUUUUCCAAUGGAAGAGGACUUGGACAGGGAUGUGUGAUGUCUCCAUAAUUGUUUUAACAUAUUUAUAAAUGGGAUUGUGAAAAGUGAAUGAUAGGGUGUUAGGUAGAACUCUGGGAUUAAAAGAUGUUAGGCCUGAUAAAAAGUGAGAGCUUUCACAGUUGCCCUUUGCUGAUGACACUUCUUUUGGAGGACUGUGAAGACAAGUUGCAAAGAUUAGUGGAUGAAUUUGGGAAGGUACAUUAUAUAAAAGGAAAUUAAAAGUGAACAUAGAAAAGAUCAAGGUAAUGAGGGUAACAGAAAAUCUAGGCAGUGAUAGGUUAUCAGAUUGGAAGGGAAGGAGGUUAAAUAACAGAGUGGAGAGAGGGAAGUACAUGAAUCUAGUACAAAAUGGGAGUUAUUACAGUUGCACUUUCCUGAUGAUGCAGUUCUUUCGGUGGAGGAUUCUAAAAACAAGUUACAAAGGUUGAUGGAUGAAUUUGGGAGGGUAUGUAAAAAGGAAAUUAAAAGUGAACAUAUAAAAGAGGAAGGUGAUGAGAACAAAAAGUUUUGGUAAUGAUAGAUUAAAUAUUGAAGUGGAGGGAAGAGGUAUGGAAGAAAUGAAUGCAUUUAGCUAUCUGGGAGUAGACAUAUCAGCAGAUGGGUCUAUUAAGAAUGAGGUGACCCAUAGAAUAGAUGAAGGAAAAAGGGUAGGUGGAGUGUCAAGGCAUCUGUGAAAAGAAAAGUUUAUGGAAGCAAGAGGAAUGUAACUGAGUACAGUGAUACCAACACUUAUGGGUGUAAAGCAUGAGUUUUGAAUGCUACAGUAAGGAGGAGGUUAGAUGAAGUGGAGAUGCAGUAUUUGAGAGUAGUGUGU